AUGCUAGACAAGGUCAACACCCGCAUACCAAAGCCCGUUACGACACCACAAGCGCGCAGCUUCCUCAACAAGACGUGUCAAGGUGCGACUCACUCCACACAGGAUACGCCAGCACAACAUCUGACAGCACAGGAAACAUUCAAUGCGCGCUCCGAGUAUAGCAACAGCGAAGAUGACGGCAGCGCCCAACACCGCAUCAACCAAUACCUAGUCAAGCAGGAGAUUGGCCGCGGCUCCUUUGGCGCUGUCCACCUCGCCGUAGACCAAUAUGGCCAAGAAUUUGCUGUCAAGGAAUUCUCCAAAUCGCGGUUACGAAAACGCGCUCAAUCCAACCUCCUUCGCCGACCCACGGCUGCGAAACGAAUGCGCGCGCUCCCUGCUGGCAUCGGCUUCAAUUCACCGCUGCACCGGCACUCGGUAACCGAGGAAAACAAUGCCUUUGAGCUGAUCAAGGAAGAGAUUGCCAUUAUGAAGAAGCUACACCACCCGAACCUUGUCACGCUGAUUGAGGUACUGGAUGAUCCAGAGGAAGACUCGCUAUACAUGGUCAUGGAGAUGUGCAAGAAGGGCGUCGUCAUGCAAGUUGGUCUCGAGGAGCGCGCCGACCCAUACAGCGAAGAGCAAUGUCGGUGUUGGUUCAGAGACAUGAUACUGGGUCUCGAGUACCUCCACGCUCAGGGUAUCAUCCACCGCGACAUCAAGCCAGAUAACUGCCUGAUCACAGAAGAGGACGUACUAAAGAUUGUCGAUUUCGGCGUAUCAGAGAUGUUCGACAAGGAAGGUGAGAUGAAGACGGCCAAGUCAGCGGGCUCGCCAGCUUUUAUGCCGCCGGAGCUGUGUGUUGCCAAGCAUGGCCAUGUUUCGGGAAGAGCUGCAGAUAUAUGGUCAAUGGGCUGCACGCUGUACUGCCUUCUGUUCGGAAGGAUACCGUUCGAAAAGCAUGGUAUGAUCGAGCUCUACCAAUCGAUCCGAACGGACCCAUUGGAGUUCGAGGGCGAGUGUAACCCUGAGCUCAAGGAUCUCCUGCAGCGGCUUAUGGAGAAGGAUCCCAAGAAGAGGAUCACCAUGGAAGAGAUCAGAGAACACCCAUGGGUCACGCGACAAGGGACCGACCCUUUGUUAGCAAAGUCGGAGAAUGUCGUCAUCAUCAUUGAUCCGCCUACCGAUGAAGAGGUGAAUGCCGCCAUCACAGGCAACAUGGGUCACUUGGUAACAGUGGUACAAGCGGUGAAGCGCUUCAAGCAGUUACUAUUCAGGCGACGACCAGACCGUAUAGAAAGCAUACUGGGUAGUGCCUCACGCAUUGUUCAACCUCCCAUGUCCAUGCGACCAUCAGUAUUACGCAAAUCGAAAUCACAAGACACACACGACCGGCGACCAGUUGAAGGCGCACUCUCCAUCGAGGGUGUACACCACCAGAUCAAAGUCGACGACAAGGGCCAAAGGCUUCCCCAUAAGAUGGAUGACAUGGCAUAUGUCAAACCCGGUCUCCGAGCUGAAGCUGCUGGCAAACGCUCAGCACCUAAGUCACCUGCUACUAGCAGUCCGACAGCGCCGACAGUACCGGAUCUUGAUGGUGCCAAGGUCAUAAACGAGAACAUGUCAAUCCGACCACCGCCAAUACAUUCCAUCUCAACACCUACCGGCAUCAAUCCCUCAUCAUCAGCGCCAACCACACCUCUAGGCAAAGGCCAUGCACAUAAUCCGCUAGAAGAUACGCUCUUCCUCAACAUUGGCACGGGUGAGGACUUCCAACCCGAGCCUGAAGACGGAUGCAUCGUCUCGGAAUCCCCCUCAAACGUCGAUAUCAACGUCUACGAGACAGCCUAUGAAGAAGAAGUGCAACGCAUCAUCGCCCAGCGCCGCGAACAAUUCGCCGCCACCGCCGCCGCCGCCAACCGCCGUCCCACUCUCUAUCUUACACGCCGUGUCGAAAACGUCAAAUCCAUCCGCGACAGCGACGCCAUCUUCGAUGAGGGUCAGGAUCUUCGUCAGAAUAUCAAGGUUAGCUUGAAAUCCUUUGUUACCAAGACUAAAGAAGAUAUUGAGGCGAGAGGUGAAUUGCAGAAGAUUCAAGAUGGCAAGGAGGGGAAGCUUAGUAGGACUAUGCGGAAUGUGAGGGAGGCUAAGAGGCUGGUUGAGGAGGCGCGCGAGAGAGUCAAAACGGAAGAGCGGGACCGUGAGCGCGAGAGGAGUAGAAGCGCAACUCCUGUUCUACGCACCAACAGUUCUGCUAGUGUCCUCAGUCGGAGCGGGACACCGGUUGGGAGUUGA